AUGAAAAGCAGUGAUGAAUCUGAAUUCAGCAAGGAUGGGGAUAGCUCUGAAGAAGGGGAAGUGCAGUCGGAAAUUGAUGAGGUCGAAGUAACACUGGAUACCGUGGUGAAAAAAGACGAAACACCAUGGGAACGUGGUCUUCGCUUAGCACGAGAGCGAUUAGAACGUGUCAAAGCCUUAAAGGCGAAAGAAAAGAAUCUUGCAGAAAAGCGUAUGAAUUUACCUGUGCCAGCACCUUUUACAGAGAAGAAAUCUGACGCAUCUCUUGAAGACGAUUAUUUUGUACAACUUAAACUUAACUUCAAUAAGUCUUUAACAGAAUUAGUUCUACCGAAUCAAACAAAAUUACAAAAACUUAUUGAAAAUCUAUUAGAUAUUGAUGUUGCUAAAUCACAACUUGAUGAAACUGGUCAUAUCAGCCUGGAAGUGUAUAAAAAUGAAGUGAUUAAUUUAAUGAAACAAUUUUGUGCACCUGUGCGGGAUCAAGAAGUUGAAGAUUUACGCAAAAUUGAUGAUCCUGUUGAAUCUUUUAGGAACGUAUUCUUACUUUUGGAUAAAAUGCAUAUGGAUUUAGCUAAUUUCACCAUAGAGCAAAUGCGACCGUAUAUUAGACAACAAGCAGUUACAUAUGAACGUGAUAAAUUUGCUACAUUUAUAGAAGCUCAACAAAAACUUGGCAUUGAUGGUCUAAGGCAUACACGUGAUUGGAUUAAACAAGCCUAUAAUGAUGUUAACAGUCUAUCACAACAAUCUAAUGAAUGCUCUAAUUCUAUUAAUUCAUCUGGAGUUAAACUAACAAAGGAUAAUUCUAUGGCAUCAUUAACACCAAAUAAUAUAUUACGUGAAGCUUAUCUUAAGCUGUUAACAUGGCCAAGGGAUCAAGAUUGGCCUGAGACUAUGCUUAUGGAUCAACAUCGUCUUGUGGAUUUAGGCAAUCAAUUAAUUAUAAUUGUUAAUUUAACAUCUUUAGUUCUGGUUGUUUGUAAUUAUAUGGCAUCAAAUGCAUCAUUGUUCACAACACCACCAGCAACAACUACCAGUGGUGCAUUGUCAUCAGCUGCUCCGCCAACAAAAACAAUAUUUUCCCAUCCGUUAUCCACUAGCCUACCUCAAGAUGCAAUAAUCCAGUUGAAAAAGUCAAUAUGUCAAGAUGUUGCACCGAUAUUACAUGGGAUUUCUUUAAAUUACAAACCUGAUCAGUUAGUUGAUGAUAUCAUAGAACAGGUUAUCACGACAAUAGAAUUAUGGUAUAAUCGAUGUAUGCUGGAAUCUGGCGGCAGCAGCAGCAGCAGUGGCGCUAGUCAAUUACCAUCUACUAAUCUAUCGUGUGAAUCUUUACCGACAGUAGUGAAUGAUUAUCAUAAGCCAGCAACUGGUGGUGGUGUUGCUUAUAUUACUGAUUUUGGACGUACAGAAUUAACUGGACAAUUGUCAGCUGUUAUUAAAAGUGAACAUCCAGUUUAUAAACUAAUGCAUAAACGAGCUAUGGAUUUUCUACGCUCUGCUCUAUCAUCUUAUCCACCAGAACCGCUACCUCUACCGCCAGGAUUCAGUAUUCUCUUAGAUCUUGAUCAGAAUAAACUUAGUACAACAACAAGCAAUAAUGGUGCUGCUUACCUGCAUCAAACCCCGCUGAAUAUCCCGACAACAAUGAUGUCUGGUAGUGGUGGAGCUAAUGCUUCAACUGCUGCUAGCACCAGUAGUAGUAGCAAUUUACGUUCACCUUCAUCACCACCUCCUUCCAGUUCUCCACAUAAUCGUCUCCGUCAUGAAUCGGAAAGUGGUGGUGGUGUUGGUGGUUAUAAAGCGUCAAAAUUUGAAAUAUUGAGUUUAUCCGGUUUAGCGAGUCGUCUACUUCCUUUAUUGGCGCAUAAUCGACAUGUAUUCGGUUCAUAUUAUGCCGAGAUUAUUCAGCCUUUAAUUAUGCCAACAACGUCGUCGCCGUCGUCGUCUACAGCACCAUCGAAUCCUAAUGUCGUCGAUAAAAAAUAA